AUGGGUCGUGGCGGCGGCCGUGGUAAGGCCAGUUCCACGGGCACUACUUUUGAAGCUGAGGCUGCCUUUAUACCGGUGGAUUUGAAUACCACACUCAUCGAAUUCAUUCUCUCAGGUCAUUUUGAAUCGGACUACUUCUCCUACUGCUCCAAUCGUCUCAGCGACUACACCUGCCGAUAUUGGUUUAGUCCAAGCCAACCAGAGGAUGAAAAAGCGAUCAACGCUUCAGUUUUUACGUCUUCCGCUCAUUCCACUUCUCCAUUCUCAAUGCUAAAUGACGCCUCCACCUCGACAGAAAUAAAAGGACCAGUGGAAACCCAUUCAGAAAUGCUUAUACGAUUCGCUAAUCCGGCAAAUAUUCCAGCCUUUCUCACUGGGAAAAUUGGUAGCCAAGGCUGGACUAAAAGUGCCAACGAAACCACCCUCCUCCUGACCGAUUUAGUGCCAUUCAAUCUCUAUCCCAAUCAACAGACCUGUUCAAUCAUCCUUUGUGUAGUCUUCCUCGUCAGCUUCAUUCUGAAUCUCCUCUCUUGGCAUUGUCUUCGACGACUAUCCGGUAGUGGAGGCCUUUGCAUUGCUAGAUUGCUCUUUUAUCUCACCUUUCUGGAAUCUAUUGACCUGUUUAUCGAGCUGAAUGAUGCCCUGAUGCACGCAACACAUGGAGUACCCAUGCUUACAGUGAUAGGAUUCCUUGGACGUUGGUCGUGUCAAACUCUAGCGAUGGGAUACACUUGUCUCAAGCACACGGAAGGUCUCCUCAUAACAAGCCUUGCGAUUGAUUCCCUAAUCUCUCUGAAACAAUUGAGGCACCAUAUAGCAGGAUUUCGGGCCGAAUGGGCCUUCAAUGCAUUCAUCCUCAUAAUCGCUACUGUGGCAACCACAAGCAGUCAGUUCUUUUGGACUUUUGAUCUCUUCCAUGUGGAUAAUCGAAUUCCACCGAGUGAAUCACUUUUUGGAGGUGGGACUUUUGCAGAACCCACACUUUACAUAUGUGGAUUUUCCGCCUCCUGGGGACUAAGUCAUGCCUUCGUCUCCUUCAUUUGGCCAACGCUAGAUCACCUCAUCGGAGAUGUGCUUCCAUGCAUUCUACCUCUAGCUGCAGGAAUUGUAAUUUUAUCGUCUCGAAGGAACACUUUGGAGACAGAUGGAUGCGAUUUGAAUGUAGAUUGUCCGGGUGAUUUGGAUAAAUUUAUGUGGAUUUUACCGGUAGGUGGAAAUGUCCUAGACAAAUGCUUGGUAAAUCCCUACCCUUCUAAUCUUGCCACCGGAUUAAUCUACUUCUUGAUGGAAGCGAAUGACGUUGGAGAUGACUCCCAUGGGAAUGUACAAAAAUGA